UCCUGCAAUGAGCGCGCAGUGCGCGUGCAACAAGCGCAGCAGAGAGGAAAGUGCGUCCCGGUGACUCCAAAAACGAAAAUGGGGCUUGAAAAAGAAAAAUCGGAGACCAGCGUCAUUAUGGAUGAAGAGGAAUUCAACAGAUCGAUUGAACCCAUACUUGGGAAAAAACCGCACGUGUAUUCACCUGUGCCGGACAGAGAUCCCAAAGACAUCAACGCGCACCUAAAGGUUGACUUUGAAGACAUCAUUGCAGAGCCCAUCUCUACACACAGCUUUGACAAAAUCUGGAUUGGCAGUCAUGCUGUGUUCGAGUUGGUGAGAUAUGUCUUCUACCGAUUCCUCACCACGUUUCUGGCCAUACCCAUGGCAUUCGUCUCGGGAAUUGUUUUCGGGACCCUCAGCUGCAUACAUAUUUGGGUGGUGAUGCCAGCGGUCCACGGUUGCAUGAUGACUCUGCCUCCCAUCCAGGUGAUCUGGAGCAGCUUGGUGGACAUCUUCAUACUGCCUCUGUUCUUCAGCAUUGGGAAGUGCUUAUCAUCCAUCACCGUCAAGACUGUGCAAAACUAAGAGCUUAACUUUAUCUAACUCUACAUAGAAGUGUUCAUGGUAGCAGCAUUCAGCUUCGUGAUGUACAAGACCUGACCAAUCCGACCUGAUACCGCUGCACAUCUCUCGGUCGGGUUUAUUUUGUACUUGUACUCGAAGGUGUCAGCUGAAGGAUUUUUUAUCCUUAACAUUCCGAUACACAACGGGAAAGGAUUUUUCACCUUUUUCUUUGCACAGUUGCAACAAUCAUUUCAUCAUUUCGUCACUGACAUGGACUUUUGAUGGGUGGUGUCAGUACAGACAUGCUUUUCGAGUACUGUUAUACAAGUGUGAUUAAGCUGUUGUGUUAUAGAUAAUGCAUGAAGAUUUAAAGGGAUAGUUCACCCAAAAUUUAAUUCUGUCAUCAUGUACACAUCUUGUGCCGUGGAGUACAUUGAUUGUGUAGGACGGACAGCCUCGGUCACUAUUUACUUAAAUGGGAAGUAAAGUAGCGGAAACAUUCUUUAAAAUUUCUCAUGUUGUGUUUCACAAAGACAAGAAAGUCAUACGAAUAAAAAAGCGUAAGGGUGAGAUUAUAAAUGAUGACAUUAUUUUCAUUUUUGGGUGAACUGUACCUUAAAGAGAUUUUAAUGUUAUUAUUAAAAUGUAGGCUUUUGACAUUAACAUUUACAUUGUGCCAUUGCACAAUAUGUGAUGCUGCAGGCGCUUGAUGUGCUUGUAAAGAAUCGAAAAGAAUAAUAUAAAAUGAUGAAAUUACUUCCAAUAGGGCUGUAGUGAUUCUGUGAUUUAUUUUGGGUUACUAUUUAUAUUGAGAGUUGACAGGUUUUUAUCAAUUAGACUGAAUCAGAUGCUAUGUUUUUAUUCUAUUGAUUGAUCUGACAGCAGUGCACAAACUGUUCAUAAUUUCAGGUACAUUCCUGUUAAAGAGAGCGUUCUGUACAAAUGAUACAUAAAUGCUUUUGUCUUCUGUUGCAAAGAUUUCUUUAUGUGUCACACAAAAUGGCGAUUGGUUUGCCUUGCAAAGCUGCGUUUGACAUGCCGUUUGCCAUGGAUUGUGCUUUGUUAAGAGCGCCGCAGAGUAAAUGGAAUAUUUGACUGUGCAGUGGAACAUAAGAGGCUCAGGUGCCAUUAAAUGAUGUCAUAUGGCAAGCAUGCCGAACACAACUAUAUAUACAGAAAAAAUGCUAAAGGAGAACUACAUGCAACAAAUGACCAAAUAAUGUUUUGGGAUUUGAAGAUGCGUUUGUGUGUGGAGUUUGGGUUUUUGCUUUGAUCUCAUUUAUAGAGUUCACUGUGCACAGAGAUAGAUUUGUGCAACGAUAAAUCCUCAAGGUGAAAUGUUCAGCUCUGCACAAAAAAUCUGGCCGGGCAGGACCUUCAGAAGGUUUUGGCUGUAAAUCUACAUUCUGUUUAGCUGUCAGUUUUUAUUCAAUCUCAGAAGCAUUUUGUAUCCACACUGCAGACAUUGUUUGGAUUGUACAAUCAAUAGAACUGUACAUGUGAUGACAUUGGAUGUUGCUUUAAAUAAAAACAAAUAACAAUGAUAUUUAAUAAAAAAAC